CUCGCGGCGCGAAACUCUUUCCUUCCUUUCUCUUUCACCAGGGAAAGCCAGUAGUUGAGAUGGCCGGAAAAGCUACAAAAACUCCGACGACAUACUCACCGUCGCCGACUACUCAUAAAACGAAAGCAGCUUGUUUCAAUGACGAUUGGAUUCGACCCGAUGGCCGCGGUCUUCACCAGUGCAGGCCUGCCUUUUUCAGGACUAGGGCUGUGAAUACUGCUGCUGGAUCUGCUUACGCUGAGUUUGGGAAUACUAAAGUCAUUGUAUCUCUAUUUGGGCCAAGAGAGAGUAAGAAGGCAAUGAUGUAUAGCAAUAUAGGGGGCCUAAAUUGCAAUGUCAGCUAUACAACUCUUGCAACUCUAUCUCGUGAACAGGGAUCAAACCACCAAGAGUAUUCCAUGAUGCUUUAUAAAGCUUUGGAGGGUGCAAUAAUUUUAGAAACUUUCCCCAAGACGACUGUGGAUGUGUUUGCAUUGGUGCUGGAAUCUGCUGGCAGUGAUCUCCCAGUUGUCAUUUCAUGUGCUAGCCUUGCUCUAGCAGAUGCUGGAAUAAUGAUGUAUGAUCUUGUUUCCUCAGUUUCUAUGUCAUGUCUUGAUAGGAACCUUGUCAUUGAUCCUAAUUUGGAGGAGGAGCACUGUCAGGAUGGAAGCUUAAUGAUAAGUUGCAUGCCUUCUCGAUGCGAAGUCACUCAACUCACUGUUACUGGGGAUUGGUCCACCCCAACGCUUGAUGAGGGGAUGCAGCUGUGCCUAGAUGCUUGUGCUGAACUUGCGAAGAUUAUGAGGUCAUGUUUGCGAGAUGCUGCUUUAGGUUGCCAGGAAUAGGAUGAGAGCUUUUACUGAUUGAUUCACAGGAUAGUGCUUUUUAUCCCCCCAACAGAGAGAGGUUCCCUUCUUUUUUUUGUGGUGGGGGGGGGGGGGAGAGGGAGGGAAAUUUUGCGGUUAGGACCUUCUCAAAGGAUUCUUGCUAAUAUUAUUAUUUUUAAUUCUAGCAACUAUUAACUUGAUAUUUCAUUCAUAGUGGACACAAAAAGCUAUGGGAAGCAAAUAUAUAACAUGCUUUGGGAGCCACAAUCCUUGAAUGAUUAUCUUAACAGAGCUAAACCAAAGGAAUCUGCUGUAUAUUGUAGCUUUUAAUUAGCAAAAGUAGAAUCUUGCUUUAGCUUGUGAUUUUCUUGUGACUUACAAGAGAUUCCUACUUGAGAAUAAUGGGGAUGGACUACAUGCAGAACAAGUGGUUCUUUUGCUCUUUCUUUUCGUACCAACAAACAAAUUCAUGGUGUGUGCCACUAAGAAUGUCCGGGCCUGCACAGUUAGGUAGUUGGUACGACAAUAUGAAUGAUGACCCUGCUUUGCAGCCUGCUCCCAUUCUACUUUAUAAAUUCAUGUUUUCGGUCUCACAGGUAUAUCACGCAAUUCGAAUGUUGUUCACUUUUGAGAACAGAGAAAAUGCAAGUGGCAUAUGUUGCCAAACUUUUGCAUUGGGAGUUUCAUAUGCUCCUUCGACACAUAAUUGAUUGAAAUAAGUUGUAUAAUUUUUUUAAGUCCAUGUUAGUAUCA